CGCACCCCGUCGAGAUGGUAGUGUCGCAGUUCUACAUCCUGUCCCCGCGAGGGGACACCAUCAUCAAUCGAGACUUCCGAGGCGACGUGUCCAAACUGAGCGGGGAGAUGUUUUUUCGAAACGUAAAGAUACACAAGGGAGGAGAUGCCCCACCCCUAUUCUACCUAAACGGGAUCCAUUUCACCUACUUAAAAAAUAAUAGCCUCUAUUUCGUAUUCACUUCUUUGUUUAAUUCAUCCCCGAGUUAUAUCCUGGAGCUUCUCUACCGUCUGGUUAAAAUUGUGAAGGAUUUCUGUGGUCAUAUAAGUGAGGAAGUUAUUCGUGCCAAUUUUAUUUUGAUUUAUGAAAUUGUUGAUGAGAUCAUUGACUAUGGAUAUAUUCAGAACAGCAAUACAGAAAGCAUUCGUCAUUUAAUUCAUAACGAGAUAAGUGCUACAUCUGAUGUAUGUAUGGGUGGUGGUACAGUAGGUGGAGGUACAUCUACUACUGGUAGCACUAUCACAGCUGGGGCAGUAGCAACUGCUGUUGGAAACACUGUUGGAAAUAGCAUCACAAGUAUUAGCAACAGUACGAAGAAACUAGCCAACUUUUCAAACUUCAGCAUAAAAAAUUCAAACACAUUACCAUCCAAUGCAUCCCAAAAACCAAUACAAUUAAAUGAAAAAAAAAAUGAAAUUUUUAUCGAUAUUGUAGAAAAAAUAAAUCUCAUCAUGAAUCAUAAGGGAGAGAUUAUUUACUCCUAUGUAGAUGGGGUGAUUCAAAUUAAAUCCUACUUACAGGGAAAUCCCUAUAUUAAAAUCGCUUUAAAUGAUGACCUGUACAUUAAGAACUUGCACUCGGACAACACAAAUAAUGUUAUCAUUGAUGACUGUAAUUUUAAUCACUUGGUUAAUUUGUCUCAAUUCGAACGGGAUAAAAUUCUUGCUCUUUACCAACCGGACGGGGAGUGCAUCCUCAUGAACUACCGGAUUAAUAAUAAUUUUAAGGCUCCCUUCCGCCUCUAUGCCAGCGUCACCUACGGCCCCAACCACACGGGCGAGAACGAACACAGCAUACGGUCUAAAAUUACGUUGAGCCCUGGGUACACCUUUUCCAAGCGGGACUUCGGACCGAUCUACAUCCUCUUCGAGAUCCCUAUGUUUAAUUUAUCCAAGCUGAGAAUCAAGUACCUACGGAUCAUCGAGAAUUACAAGUCGAGCAACACGCACAGGUGGGUGCGCUACAUCACGCAGUCGUCGUCGUACGUCUACCGCCUGCACU